AUAGAUGGCAUAUUUUGGAUGGGAAAGGAGUGUGGGGUCUUCAUAAGGUGAUUGGGAGAGGGGAUCUGAAUGUCUUCUUCCCUUUCAUAUAGCACAAAUCCAGACAGAUUGAAUAACAGGGGAGAAGAAAGAGGAGUAGUAUUUUACAAGUGAGGUAGUAAAGCAGGAUCCUUUGGAAUUUGGAUUAGCUCUGGGUGUUUUCUGAGAGAGAGGCAGAUUUCCUAAGUGCCCAACUUAACAUAUCAAAUCUCUUUCAAAGUUAUUGGGUGUUUAAUUUCCUUCCUUUCUCAUUCCUCUUUUCCCUCCUCUUUGUUUUCUAUAUAUCCUUCCUUUCAUUUAUAGGAUCUAAAGACCAAAAGAGUUGCUCAGUUUGGAUAGAGUAAAGCAGUCAAGGAGAAGAGGGGAGAAAGGAGGCAAUAGGCAAGCAUGGAUGUUGGUCAGAUGCAGAGGCAGUUGAUUGAUUACACAGGAUCCUUGUUUCGUGAGGGAUAUCUGGAUGAUCAAUUCACUCAACUUCAGCAACUUCAAGACGAAAGCAACCCUGAUUUCGUUUUCGAUGUUGUUUCUCUCUUCUUUGAAGAUUCUGAGAGGCUUCUUAACGAUCUGGGCAGAGCUCUUAAUCAACCGAUUGUAGAUUUCAAGAAGGUGGAUGCCCAUGUUCAUCAGCUGAAGGGUAGCAGCUCCAGCAUAGGUGCACAGAGGGUUAGAAAUGCUUGCAUUGCGUUUCGCAACUUUUGUGAGGAGCAGAACACUGAAGGGUGUCUCAGAUGUCUGCAACAGGUGAGGCAGGAUUACUUCCUUGUGAAGAACAAGCUUGAAUCUCUAUUAAGGCUGGAGCAACAGAUUCUGGCAGCUGGUGGGUCAAUUCCUAUGGUGGAAUAAGUAUUAGUGGUAAGAUUAAUGGUUGUACACUUUUAAGGAGAAAACAAGAGAGUGAAGGAAAAAGGAAUGAGAGGAGAUUGGUGGUGUAGAAAAUCUUUUCUGAGCUUUUUUUUUAGUUGUUGACAUUGUAAGCUACUACUUCCCUAGUUCACUUAUGGAAGGUUCUCUUAAAUUAUCUAGCUUUUGAGCUUCUGAGAAAUGUGGGAGAAAGAAAGAGCAAUUCUACCAAUCUCUUCUGUUAAAAUAUGAUGAACCCAUCACUCUCAUUUUCAGCUUAAAAGCUUAAUCAAACUUUUUCUACCAUUCAAUAGUUUGAUGUAACAUGUACCAAAUUGAAUGGAAUGUCUAUUAUCUUGGUUCUC